AUGUUAGAUUAUUGGGUAAUUCAUCGAGGUACCAACAUCGGAUCCAUUUCAUUUACUCAAGAAAUUUCAAAUAAUGAGCUUGAUGAUAUAUUAGUAUUAUCUGACGAUCGACUUAUCGUAGUUAACUUUAUUGCUACAUGGUGUAAUUCAUAUCAAGAUAUCACUUCAUAUAUGGAUUGUUUAAGUGUUCAAUAUUCAAAUGUUCUUUUUCUUAAAGCUAAUAUUGAAAAAUGUUCGAGAAAUUUCAGCUCUACAAGUUCAUCUAAAAAUUAUCAAGAAUUAAUUGCUCGAAGUUGUUCAAUCACUUUUUUUCUGGUAGCUCCUACAAGUUUUAUGCAAUUACCCCACAUGGGGGUACAUGGAGGCAGUGGAAAAGCCAAUACAACCGUUUUAUUGACUAUUGGUGCUGAUGGCACAUGUCUUCCUCCUUAUAUUAUAUACAAAUCAUUAAGAUUGUAUGAUAAAUGGUGUCCGAAAAAUGUUAUACCUGGUGCAGUCUUCAAUGGUACUGAAUCAGGAUGGAUCGAUGAAAAUUGCUUUUACGACUAUCUUUCGAAGUUAUUCAUUCCAAAAACUGGUCAUUUUCCACGCCCAUUAUUUUUAAUAAUCGAUAAUCAUUCUACACAUUUAUCAAUCAAAACGGCUAAGCUAGCCAUCCAACAUGAGAUUCAUAUAUUAUGUUUACCACCACGUUCUACCCAUAUGCUCAAACCAUUGGACAUAUAUACACUUAAGUACGUGAAAACUCAAUGGAGAUCAUUGUUAUGGGAAUUUAACAAAUCAUCACGAAACAGAGCACUUGAUAAGCCUGAUUUUGUCAAAUUAUUUUCAAAACUUUAUGACUAUGCAUUAUUACCUGCUCAUUGCGCACCAUCGUUUGCAUGA